AUCAGCACAGUGAAGUUUUGUUUCUUGUGAAAUCGUCAGUCUCUCUGUCUCACUGCAGCAGAAAUGGCAGAAGCGAAUAUUCUGGUAGCGCAUGACCAGUUUAGCUGUUCAGUGUGUCUGGAGCUAUUGAAGGACCCAGUCACUACAGCAUGUGGACACAGUUACUGUAUGGGGUGUAUUAAGAACUGCUGGGAUCAGACUGAUCAUACAGGUGUCUACAGCUGCCCCCAGUGCAGAGAGACCUUUACCCCAAGGCCUGUUCUGCGCAGAAACACCAUGCUGGCUGAAGUUGUGGAGAAAUUAAAAAAGACAGGACUCAAACCUCCUCCUGCUCAAAGUUAUGCUGGACCUGGAGAUGUGCCGUGUGAUUUCUGCACUGGGAGAAAGUUCAAAGCUGUGAAAUCUUGUUUGACGUGCCUGGCCUCUUACUGUGAAACACACGUCAAGCCACACUAUGAGGGGGCUGCUUUCAAGAGGCACAAGCUGAUCAAUGCAAUUGGAAAUCUGGAGCAGAAGCUUUGUGCUGAACACCAGCGAUUAUGUGAGGUCUUCUGUAGAACUGAUCAGACCUGUAUUUGCUUGUUGUGUACACAAGGUAAACACAGGAGCCAUGAUACAGUCUCCACUGAGACAGAAAGGACUGGGAAACAGAAGCAGCUUGGAGAGACACAGACAGAAAUACAACAGAGAAUCAAGGAGAGACUGAAAGAAGUGGAGAAGCUGAAACAGGCUGUGAAGUUACUUAAAAGAUCUACAUGCAUAGAAAUAAAGGAAAAUGAGAAGAUCUUUACUGAGCUGAUCCGAUCCAUUGAGAAGAUCCACAUUGAGGUUAUUGAGCUGAUUGGAGCUAACAAGAAGGCUGCAGUGAAUCAGGCUGAAGGACGCAUGAAGAAACUGGAGCAGGAGAUUGCUGAGCUAAGGAGGAGAAACAUUGAGGUGAAACAGCUUUCAGAGACAGAGGAUCACAUCCAUUUUCUACAGAAUUUCCAGCCUCUCUGUGCCCCUCCUGAAGCUGGAGACUUACCCAGCGUUACUGUCAAUACAGACAUCUAUUUUGGGGCUGUGAGGAAAGCUGUAUCUGAACUUAAAGACCAUAUUGAGGACUUCUGCAAGGAGGAAUUAGUCAAAAUAACCAAAACAGUGUAUGAAGUUUCAGUUUACAGUCUGCAGGCACCAGAGCCAAGGAACAGAGCUGAGUUUUUAAAAUAUUCCUGUCGGCUCACACUGGACCACAACACAGCGCAUAAAAACCUCCGUCUGUCUGAAGGGAACAGAAAGGUGACCCAGAAAAGAGAGACCCAGCGAUGUCCUGAUCACUCAGAGAGAUUUGACUACUGGCCCCAAGUGCUUUGCAGAGAGGGUUUGUCUGGGACUCGCUGUUACUGGGAGAUUGAGUGCAGUGGGGGAGGGGCUUCUAUAGGAGUCACAUAUAAAGGAAUCGACAGGAAAGGAGGGGAUCGUUCCUGUCUUCUUGGAUGUAAUGACAAGUCCUGGAGUUUGUUCUGCUCUGACUCUAGUUUCUCUGCCUGGCACAAUAACAAUCACACUGCCAUAACUGCCCCCCGCUCCCACAGAAUAGGAGUGUAUCUGGACUUUAAUGUUGGCACUCUGUCAUUUUAUGGAGUCUCUGACACAAUGACCCUCCUGCACAGAUUCCAAACCACAUUCACUGACCUGCUCUAUCUUGGGUUUAGACUUGAUUGGUUUUCUGAUUCCACUGUAACAAUCUGCCAGCUGAACUAGACUGUUUAAUGUUGUAAAAGCCCAAUUGAACUGUACUGUACUAAAUGAAACCUGGAACAUUUCCAUUUGAAACACACCCAAUAAAACACAGACAUGACAUUGGUACACUAACAAACAGUGUCACCAAUAAUACAUGUUAGGAAGUGAAGAUGAAAUGCAUGAAGCGGUCUCAAGUGCCAUUAUCCCACAGCGAUACACACUCUGGAGUUUCAUACUGUUAUUAUACAACGGCUAUGAGAGCAAUGGAAAUUAAAAACAACUCACACAUAUAGGAUUAAAGAGAGCCCUGGCGAUGUUCUGAGAGAUCAACACCACUAUGAUGUCACAUAAUGAAUGAAUAGCAGGACAAUCCUUGCCAUUGUAUAAUAAGAUGCAUUCAUCCCACAGCCCUCUUGUGUUAGGGUAACGUGUCCCCUGUCACAUUAUUAGUGUCUAUUCUGUGUCUAGGUGAUGGUUUGACAGGGAUAGGGUCUCUCUUGUCCUUUCCAGCCACAUUCCUACAUUCCCAGAAACCAGCACCCUCAUUGGAUGACUAAUAAACACUCAGAUCAAUUAAAAAGUAGCUGAUUGAUUCACCUGUAAGGCAAGUAAUAAUAAAAUAUACUGAGAUUCAAAAGAAAUGUAUCACUUAUAUUUGAACAUCAAAAGAAACUUACCACUUAUAUUUGGAUAAAAUUCAUUAGAUGUGAUUGAAAAAUGACAAACUCUGUUUUAGAGCAGAUGCAGUGACUUUUUAUUGUGUGGAUUAACAAUUGACAUCACAGAGAUGCUGCAAAAUGAUCUGUCAAUCUUGGGCAGGUGUUGUGACUCUUGGUCUCCCAGUUCAUGGCAUGUCAUUGACAGAGUGUGUCUGGUUAUACCAUCUCGCCAGGUUUGAAAUUGCUGGCUGUGAGCACCCAAGGCGACGAGCCACAGCACGCUGCCCUAGUCCAGCCUCCAACAUGCCAAUCACACGAAGGCGCUGCUGUCUUGACAGAUGUGGCAUAUUGUUUUUUUUUGUGAUUUUGUUUAUUGCUUUAGAGCAGAUGCAGUGACUUUUUAUUGUGUGGAUUAACAAUUGACAUCACAGAGAUGCUGCAAAAUGAUCUGUCAAUCUUGGGCAGGUGUUGUGACUCUUGGUCUCCCAGUUCAUGGCAUGUCAUUGACAGAGUGUGUCUGGUUAUACCAUCUCGCCAGGUUUGAAAUUGCUGGCUGUGAGCACCCAAGGCGACGAGCCACAGUACGCUGCCCUAGUCCAGCCUCCAACAUGCCAAUCACACGAAGGCGCUGCUGUCUUGACAGAUGUGGCAUAUUGUUUUUUUUUGUGAUUUUGUUUAUUGCUUUAGAGCAGAUGCAGUGACUUUUUAUUGUGUGGAUUAACAAUUGACAUCACAGAGAUGCUGCAAAAUGAUCUGUCAAUCUUGGGCAGGUGUUGUGACUCUUGGUCUCCCAGUUCAUGGCAUGUCAUUGACAGAGUGUGUCUGGUUAUACCAUCUCGCCAGGUUUGAAAUUGCUGGCUGUGAGCACGCUGCCCUAGUCCAGCCUCCAACAUGCCAAUCGCACGAAGGCGCUGCUGUCUUGACAGAUGUGGCAUAUUGUUUUUUUUGUGAUUUUGUUUAUUGCUUUAAUUCAAGCUUGCAAUUCAACAGCUGAAAUCACUCCAUAUCCAGUGUCCAAUCAACUGUCUCACUAAUUAGGUGGUUAAGUGCAUAUGCUUCAGUCAUAGUCAUCGAGUGAUUAAAAAGAAACCAAAAAACAUUUCGUCAAUGUCCAUCAUUUACAUACCUUAUUUUUGUUUUAAACAAAUGUGUUAUAAUAGUGAUAAGUUUCUUUUGAUGCUCAGUAUACAUUCAAUUACAAUUUAUGGGGCCGCCAUAUUUUAGUGGCUAUGGCGCUGCCAUAAAUGUGAUUGAAUCCAGGCCGUAGUGUGAGGGAGAAGUGACGUUUCCAAUGUUUCCUGUGUUUACCUGCUUCACCACUGGCUGACUUGUCACACUCUUAUAAAAUAGAAAUUCAAUUCAGUUUAAAUUCAAAUGAAGGUAUUUUCCCUUUUCAAACAAUUGCUGUUUCAUUCUUAAAUGGCAAAGUAUUUUGCAUCUAUAUUAAGAUGAAAAUAUACAGGCCACAGCACAUCAGCACACCACGUAGUUGACAGUAAUAAAUGUGUCUGUGGUGUGAUUUCUCCUAAUAGGCAUGAACUGUGCAUUCAGACUGAUACGGUGUCUGAUUGACCCCUGUCUUCUCACAGCCACAUUCACUCUUCUUGGGAUGAUUACCAGGGUCUGAAUCUUCUUCAUACAAUGACCCCAAAGAUGUGCAUUAUUUUCCAGAUGACAUUUCGGAUUAAGAGAAGUAUACAGAAAGGUGUGAAAGGAGUGAGCUCUGACUUU